CGAGACCCCGGUCCCCACCUCGCCGGGCAUCGCGGGCAGCAGCGCCCUGACGAGCAGCAGCGGGAGGAGGCCGCAGAGGCGCCGCCGCCAUGCUGAGCGUGUUCCGCUCCAUCCCCACGCAGAUGGACUACAAGGGUCAAAAGUUAGCAGAACAGAUUUUUCAAGGAAUCAUUCUUGUCUCUGCAGUAAUUGGUUUUAUCUAUGGAUACGUCACUGAACAGUUUGGAUGGACUGUCUACAUAGUUAUGGCUGGAUUUGCUUUAUCAUGUUUGCUGACGCUCCCUCCGUGGCCCAUGUACCGCCGCAACCCCCUCAAGUGGCUGCCUGUGCAGGAGUCGGGCACAGAAGACAAGAAGGCAGCAGACAGAAAGCCAAAGAGACACGCUAAAAGCUAAAAGUUACGGCUCUUCACACUGUUACUUUGUUAAAUUUUGUUAAAUGAAUUUCCACUGGGAGAUAC